UUGUUGAAGUUGAAGUUGAAGUUCCUACCGGUAUUAGGAUUUAGAAGACCAAGAAACCAGUGAUCUUAUGAAUUUUAAGGGUUUAGGGCGAAUAGAGAAAACUUUUGUUCCAUUUCUAGAGGAGGUUUGUUCGUCAUAUCCUUCCUUGAUUGACAGCCAGAUGAAGAGGAGUCGUACCCUUGUUCAAUGCGCAUUCACAGCUUUGGGCCGAGUCUUGCAUUUUCUGAAGACUACAACUGCCAAGGAUAUGAACAUUGAUGCUUGUCAACGUCUUCAACUGUUGUGGGAGGAGCUUGAGGCCUUCAAAUUUGACUUGGCUUGGCUGGAGCCUCAUGUUCAAUCUGUUUUUGCUAUGAAGAAAGGGGCAGGAAUAGUGAAUGGACUGCAAGAAGAUGUCGAUGCUUUGAAGAACGAAAUAGAGAGGCGAAGGGCUAUCCUAGCGGAGGCAGAAGCCGAUCUUGGGGUAGCAGAAGGAGAUUUGGCAGAGGCACAAGAAGAGCACUUCAGCAAGAUAGAUAUGGAUAGUGAGCUAGGCUAUCCGUUGUCUUAA